GGUUCUCAGUCUUCUUUGCACAGUCUAAUCCCUUCCUUGCCAUUUCUUCUCAGUCGCCUUCAACUGCCAUCUCCAGAGCUCAACCCAAUUCUAUACCGCUACUGCCCACUUCAGAACUCUUCUUUAUAACCACUAUUCAUGGACGUAAAAAACACAGCAACUAUUGUUAAGGAGGCAUGUUUACUGAUCCAUUGCCUAGCAAUAGACAUUCUAUUAUUGCACAUGUUUGUUCCAACAGCAAUGUGUACACACAUCUCAAAUCUGUAAAAAGACUGGAAUGGCAUGCUGUUCCACAAAAAUGGGGUAUCUUCAUAUUCCCCAUGAGUAAUGGACUCCUUAAAGCAUAAGAUUCCAGACAAAUGAACUGGCACAGGCAGGCCUAUCACUUGCCACCUGGUUUGCCUGACCUUACUCCCCUUGACUUUUUCUUUCCGAUACAUCAAGGAUGCCAUGUAUGUGGCACCACUGGCUACCACUUUGCCAAAACAUGCUGGGAGGAUAAGCUCUGCAAUGGCUGCAACUAUCCCCUACUUGGUUUGCAAAAAUUUGAUCAUAUGACGUUAGUUUUCAUUCCUCUACCUUUUGAGUCCAAGAGAAAUGUUAAAGUAAACACCUAAACAGUAUCCACCACUGCAUUCAGUUCACAAUGGAGACUGAAACUGAGGGCCACCUCCCCUUCCUGGAUAUAGAUAUUUACAGGAGACCUGACAGUUCUCUGGGCCAUACAGUGUACCUCAAAUCCACCCAUACAAACCUCUACCUUAACGCUGCGUCCCACCACCACCCUUCCAACAAGCAAGCUGCACUUUCCACAUUGGUGCACAGGGCUAGAGCUCUCUGUGAUCAAGACAGCCUACAUGUGGCAUUGGUGCUCCUGGGGGAUGUAUUCAGGAAGAACGGAUACAACAACCGACAGAUCCAUAGAGUUCUCAACCAUCGGCCCAACAUCAGUCGGCCUGAAGAUAAACUGGGCUAGAGCUCUUUGUGAUCAAGACAACCUACAUGCGGCAUUGGUGCUCCUGGGGGAUGUAUUCAGGAAGAACGGAUACAACAACCGACAGCUCCACAGAGUUCUCAACCGUCAGCCCAACAUCAGCCGGCAUGAAUGUAAACUGGGCUCCGUCUCCUUCCUUCCUUCCUUCCCUCCCUAUGUUGGGACUAUAUUCAACCGUAUCAGCAGAGUGCUGUCCCGGCACAUCAUCAAAUCAGUGGGCCUGCCUCCAAACAAAUUACCUAGUUUCCUCCAGCCGGUCAAAGAUAGCCUGGGACUAAGGACACAGGGUGUAUACAGUAUCCCAUGCGGGUGCAGCAAGGUCUAUAUUGACCUAAUGGGCCUCUCCAUGGACAUGAGGUUGAAGGAGCAUCAGCGGCACAUCCGUCUCGAACAUCCGGACAAGUCAGCUGUAGCUGAACAUAGCAUCGAUCUGCGAUACCGCAUUCAGCUUCAGAAUACCUCCAUCCUCGCCACCAAGACCUGACAUAUGGAUCGCAUCAUUAGGGAAGCC